GGUCUUUUGACUUUGUUUACAUGGACACACAAAUAUCUACUCAUUAAAAUUUGGAGGCACUCUAAAGAUGGAAACCAAAAGAUGAUCGUAAUCUUCUUUAUUUAAAUUUAAAUCUAUCAUGAUCUUCUAUCCUUUCUAUCUGCAGUUUCAAAUUUAAAUGCAUUUGAAGCUGCUUACCAUGACGGUAGGCUGAUUAUAUGCAACUACCAACGGCAACCUAUCCGCCCCGACAUCGCCGAACGUCGCUUUUCCCAUAUCCAAACCCUAACCUAAACUUAAUUCCAAUCCUUUUCUCUCUCUCUCUCGCCACUUGUUCCUUUGGGUUAGAGAUCUAAGGCACUUGGAUCUCGAUCCAUGGAUGCCGCGGCGGCGGCUGUUCGGUCUGCCCAAUACCUCUGCAAGGCUUCCGAUUUCGCUUCCAGAUCGUGUGCUCUGGCGGCCUAUCGGCCCGGUUUCGUCUCAUUCGAUCCCAAAUCCCUUUUCUGCACUAGAUCGCUCAAGGGUUGCCGUUCACUCUCUGUAUCGAAGCUAGGGCAAAGUGGAUUUUGUUCUCGAAGGAACACUGGUAUCAAGGCAUCUUUUUCCUCCCCUAAUCCAUCCGAAUCGUCCUCUCGGAUAGCUCCUCUCCAGUUGGAAUCACCAAUUGGGCAGUUUUUAUCUCAGAUCCUCAUCAGCCACCCACAUCUCGUCCCUGCUGCCGUUGAUCAACAGCUGGAGCAGCUCCAGACUGACCGCGAGGCUGAGAAGAACAAGAAGGGGCCCUCCCCUUCCGGCACUGACGUCGUUUUGUACAGGAGAAUUGCCGAGGUGAAAGCUAAAGAGAGGAGAAGGGCCCUGGAGGAGAUACUGUAUGCCUUGGUUGUUCAGAAGUUCAUCGAAGCUGAUAUUUCCUUGGUUCCCUCCCUGGCCCAAUUGACCAACGCCUCGGGGAAGGUCAAACAAUGGCGGCCUUCUGAGGAGGAGAAGCUCGAGGGGCUUCAUUCUCCUGAGGCUUAUGAGGUGAUCAAGAACCACCUAGCUCUUAUACUGGGGCAAGGAUUAGGGGAUUCGAACUCCGUUGCGUCCGUAAGCAAGCUUCGUGUUGUGCUGGUUUAUGCUGCUUCAGUAAUUUACGGAUACUUCCUCAAGAGAGUGGACCAAAGGUUUCAACUUGAGAAGUCUAUGAAGACCCUCCCGUGGGGAAGUGUUGAAGAGAAUGAGGAGGAUGCUGUUAAACAGGCAAUGCCCGAUGAGUCGAGACCCUUAACUCAGAUUGGGAAUUCUCAUCCCGUGGCAUCUUUGGGAUCUUCUCCAAGCUUUAACCAUGGUGGGGUUGGCCAUAGUGUCAAGCCCUGCAGGCUACGGUCCUAUUUCAAAGCAUUUGAUUCACAGAUGUUGCAGAGGUAUGUGAAAGUGAGGUCAAAGGAGGCCUUUCACAUCAUUGAGAAGCACACUGAGGCGUUGUUUGGGAGACCAGAAAUUGUCAUCGCCCCUCAGGGAACCAUUGAUUCCUCCAAGGACGAGAUCGUCAAGAUAAGUUUUGCUGGUUUGAGGAGGCUUAUUUUGGAGGCUGUAACUUUUGGGUCUUUCCUCUGGGACACCGAGAGCUAUGUAGAUACCAGGUAUCAUUUCAUGACUAACUAGUUUGCCUUGGGAGUAAAUUUGAGCAAGUUAAUGUUGCAUAAGUUAGUUUCAAGAUGCUCAUCAGCGAUGCAUACUGCUGUAUUUGCCAUUUGUGGGGGGCAUUAUGGAGUUGUCACAUUUUCUGUUACUAUCAGAUCCUGCCAUUCUAUUGGUGAGGGUUUAAGCAUUGUACAUAGGGAACCUCUUUAACUUUAUAUCCAGGAAUUUAAGUUGCUGCUGAUGUUCAGUAAUUGUAUUGCUCAAUAAUGGUAUUUGGGAUAAUUUGAGUCAAUAAAAUUCUAGAAUUUGUUUAUGUGA